AAUGGUUGAUAACACUCUAUUAAAUUAUCCGUUCGAAAAUGAUAAAGUCCAACCGGCAAUUGAUAUGGCUAUGGAAUUUGUGAAGGAUGAAUACAACAUUGAAUUUGAGAAGUUUACUAGAACUUAUAAUUUUGAUUGUAAUGACGUUAAUUCUACUGGUAUUGUUGCAAAACUCUAUUUUGAAAAUCAAGUAGAAUAUUUAAUUGGUCCAGCUUGCAGUACGGACAUAAUGGCGUGCGGAAAAAUAGCGACCUACCUAAAAAUGCCGCUAAUAUCCGGAGUCGGUGAUUUGGUGACGCCUAAGAACGCCUAUCCAACUUUUACGCGCCUCUCUUACAGCUUGGUGAAACAAUCGGAUUUCGUCUUUAAAAUUUUCGAACGAUUUUCCUGGCGGCACAUUGCAGUUCUUUACGACAUUAGUGAUUACCUCUUCUCCUUUCAAGGAGAAGCAUUAGUCAAUUUAUUGAGGCAAAAUAGCAACUAUCCAACACCUUAUGAUGAAAAAUUUAAUCCAACUAAAAAUCCAGACUAUGGAUCAAUUUUGAACCAGAUAAAAGCCAAAGCUCGUGUGGUUCUAUUGUUCGCUAGUGAGGAUGAGAUUGUUAAAAUUAUGCUACUGGCUACUAAAAAGGGGAUGAUGAAUGGUGAAUACGUUUUCAUCACAAUUCAACUAUAUUUUAAACCCAAUACGCUCGAAUUUUCUCCCAAUAAGGAGAAACGUCUGUCAUAUAAAGAUUACAAAUCCUUACUAAUUAUCAAUUUGAGGCAUCCGUCCGGUGAAAAAUGGGAUAAUUUUACAGCCGAAGUUAAACGUCGUGCAAAGAAAGGAGCAUUUGCCGAAGACGAGGAGGUUAGCGUCUUCGUUGGCAGAUUUUACGAGAGUGUCCUAUAUUUGGCUAUAGCUUUAAAUAAAAGCCUCCAGGACGGUCCAAUUACAGAUCGUACCAAAGUUGCCCAAAGGUUAUGGAAUAAUACUUUUGACGGUUUAUUGGGAGAAAUCUACAUUGAUAAUAUAGGUAAUAGAAUUGCCGAUUAUACAAUGUACUCUCUGGGUGAUAACGGAAAGUUUAAAGAAGUUGCUAAUUACUUAGGAACAAGAAAGAUUUACGAGGAAGUACAUGGUCAAUCAAUAGAUUGGAUAUUGGGAAAGGCUCCUCCUGACGUUCCCUUUUGUGGUUUUAAGGGUGACAAUCCCGAUUGUAACAAAGCCAAAGACACUCGAAUAGUGAUUAUUCUAACUGCUUUAGGAAUCGUCCUUUUUGUUUGUAUAACAAUUUCUAUUGUGGUUAUCAGAUACUUUAAAUCGGAAUCUGAUAUAGCAAAAAUGGCUUGGAAAAUAAAAUUCAAUGAAAUUCUAUUCAAUCCUCCCGGUAAGGGUCAAGGACCGUCCCUAAUGGCUUUAGGAUCAGGCAUAGCAUCAGAUCAGGGAAUGAUUUAUUUACAUUCUAGCCCUAUAAAGUUUCACGGACGUCUAAAGUCGUCUAAUUGCGUUGUUGAUUGUCGAUUUAUAUUGAAGAUAACUGAUUUUGCUUUGACACCUGAAUUUAUUUCCGAAACGUCUGGAACUUCAACAUCCGAGUUAUGGACUGCACCGGAACUUUUAGAAAAUAAUGAAAGAAAACCGACUCAGGAAAGUGAUGUAUACAGCUUUGCGAUAAUCAUGUAUGAGAUAGUAACGCGUAUGAUGCCUUUUGAGUCAUAUUCUUUGACUAUUGACAAUAUUAUUGAAAAAGUUGGCCUUCGUUCGUAUCCACCUUUUCGACCGUCUCUAGAUGAAUUUGAUUGCUCUAUUGGUGUUAAGAAUGUUAUUAAACACUGUUGGAAUGAUAAUCCCAAUUUAAGACCGUCUUUUGGAGAUGUCAAAAAGAAUUUAUCCAAGCUGAAAGAAGUUCCGAAACAUGUUAACAUAUUAGAUAAUUUACUUAAAAGGAUGGAGCAAUACGCAAAUGAUCUUGAAGAAUUAGUUGAAGAAAGAACGAAGGCGUUUCUGGAGGAAAAAAAGAAAUCGGAAGAUUUACUUUAUAGAGUACUACCUAAAUCAGUAGCGGAUCAAUUAAAAGGCGGAAAUUCAGUUCGACCCGAAACGUUCGAUUCCGUGACCAUCUUUUUUUCAGACGUAGUAGAAUUUACUAAACUAUGCUCGGAUAGCAGUCCUUUGGAAGUUGUUAACUUUUUAAAUGAUUUAUACGUUUGUUUUGAUGCAAUCAUAGCUACGUAUGACGUAUACAAGGUUGAGACGAUAGGUGAUGCUUACAUGCUAGUUUCUGGCUUACCAAUUCGAAAUGGUGACAAACACGCGGAAGUAAUGGGGAGAUUAUCUAUUCAUUUAAUAAACGUUUUGGAUGGUUUCGUAAUCCGACAUAGGCCUUCCUUAAAGAUUAAAAUUAGAAUAGGACUGCAUUCUGGACCUUGCGUAGCUGGAGUAGUUGGACUAACUAUGCCGAGAUAUUGUCUAUUCGGAGAUACUGUAAACACAGCGUCAAGGAUGGAAAGUAAUGGAGAACGUAGGAAACUUUUAAUUUUAUCCCUAAUGGAUUUUAAUUGA